UGGUCGACACCAGAGCGGUCAGGUCCGGGAGAAGAAAUCGUUUAACGUACCCCUUCACCGCGCACAGAAAGCAGGCAAAAAAAAGAGAAGACAACCCAACAUGGGAGUUCUCACAGUCAUCUUCCUUGGAUGUGCGGCACUUCUUGCUGCUUCAAGUUCAGCUGAGAGGAACCUGAAUCAGGCAGAAGUGGCCGACCUGGAGAACAGGAUUCUUCGGAUUCUUGAAGCAGGGGAUAACAAGGAGCCGCCACAAGAGCAGCAACAAGAACCAUUACCAGUGGACCACGUCACUCCAGAUACAGCAGUGGAUGGCAUGAAGCAGCAACAAGACGUUUCCGAGAGGGUGGACCCGGUGGAGGAUAUCGUCACUCGGGAUAAUACAGGAACGGAUGACACGGAGCAGCAACAGGAGCAGCAACAAGAACUUCCUGAAGGACCAGGGGACCGCAUCACUCUAGAUACAGCAGCGAAUGACACGAAGCAGCAACAAAAACUCAAAACAUGGGGGUCACAGGCUGUUUACCCUGUUGAGACAUACCAGAAGCAGGCGGAAGCGGUUCACCUACUGGAGAGUAGACUUCUUCAGAUCCUUGCAGGGUUGGAUGACAAGACGCAGCAACAAGACGUUGAUGAGAGGGUGGAUACAGGAGAGGAAGAUGCUCUUAGUAUCCGCGGACAAAUUGAAGACGUACUAAUCAGGAAGCAAGGCUGUGAAGGACAUCAGGAAGGAGACCAGUGGGGGACAUCUGAUCAUGACAACUGCAUCUGUGAAGCACCAGACCGUCUCUGCUAUCAUGUUGACUGUCUUCAAGGUUCUAAGAUUGCCGGGGACUCCAAUGAUCCAUGGGCCUGUCAUGUUGUUUCCUCCAAAAGAGACAUUACAGGAUCAGCUGUUGCGAUGCAUGAGGGAACAAAGCGGUUCACUGGACUCGAAAUAUUCGGCAUCGUUACUGGCAUUUUCGGUGUUGUGGCAAGCAUAAUCGGAUUCACUGUCGACCGCAUUGAGUCUGCACAAACAACGGAACAACUUAACGAGAUACAAGAUCAGAUCCGGGAGCUGGACAGGAAGGUGGACGAGUUGACACAAAUGGUCGGCGAUCUGCAGCUAGGACAGGAGUACCUUCGGCAAGCCAUCCUGUACGCAAGAGACGAACUACGACUGAGGAACAUGCUGGACACACAUGCUGAAAUGCAAAUCAGCGAUGGACAGUACGUAUUACCCGGUCACAACAUUCAAGCUUGGGCAGACAGUGUCCUCAGUCACGGUUCGGAUGGAGUAGAUCAGGUUUUGUACAAUCUGUUGGAGAUGAUGAAACCGCAGUCAGGACUCUUUGGUGGAAAGUCACUGUUUGACAUAUAUAAAGAACGUCUCAUUAACGACAAUUACCGUCUCGAAAAGCUGAAUCAAAAAGCGGCGCAGAUCUAUGGGCUCAUUGGAGGUGGAUAUGCUGUGUGGAUCACGGCUCUGCGAAUCAAGGGGCGUACAAGUGACAUCCCAGCCAAGGCAGAAGAAAUGGAAAGGGAGCUUGCUACUGUGGGAUCAUCUCUGCAAAAGUAUAUUGAAACAUCAUGCCAGGACGGAAAUGGGGCUUUCUACCGAGGAACAGUCAGUGUCACCGGAACAGGCAAGCCGUGUCAGCGCUGGACCAGUCAGUCACCUCAUGAACACAGCUACACACCUGCUAACUACCCGUCAUCCGGACUGGAGCAGAACUACUGCCGGAAUCCGGACGGCGAACCGGUACCCGGAGUUUGGUGCUACACCACCGAUCCCAGCACUAGAUGGGAGUAUUGUGACGUGCCACAAUGUAACGAAGAAACAUGUCAGAGGGGAAAUGGGGUGUCCUACAAAGGAACAGCCAGUGUCACCGAAUCAGGCAAGACGUGUCAGCGCUGGGACAGUCAGACACCUCAUGAGCACGGCGUGACACCUGCUAAAUAUCCGUCAUCCUUGCUGUUGAAGAACUACUGCAGGAGUCUGGGUGGCGACUCCAGCGCAUUCGGAGUUUGGUGCUACACCACCGAUCCCAGCACUAGAUGGGAGUAUUGUGACGUGCCAGCAUGUGCCGAACCAUGUCAGGUAGGAGAUGGAGUAUCCUACAGAGGAACAGUCAGUGUCACCGAAUCAGGCAAGACGUGUCAGCGCUGGGACAGUCAGUCACCUCAUGAGCACACCGCGACACUUGAUAACUACCCGGAAGCUGGGCUCUUGAAGAACUACUGCAGGAGUCUGGGCGGCGACUCCAUCGCAUCCGGAGUUUGGUGCUACACCACCGAUCCCAGCACUAGAUGGGAGUAUUGUAACGUGCCACGCUGUUAAAAAUAAUCUGGAUUUGCGGAGUGGUGCGGGCUACCUGUCAGUGCAAACAGAAAACCUUCUUUAUGCAACCCUGUUGUUGUUAUCCUACUGCUCUUAAAACAAAUGGUACAACACUGCAAACCACUGCAGCUAUUGUGUCAACCACUUGAUUUACUGAUGGGCCUGUUUUCGGUACCUGUUUCUCUCUCUUUCUUUCUCAUCCUAUGUGUUUCUUCCCUUUACUCAUUCUUGCGUGGAAAAAAAUAAAUAUACUGAAAGGUUCUGGCUUGAUACAACACAAGCACGCAAAAAGGAAAAGAAAAUCUUAAAAUUGCCCUCUUUGCGUUGGAUCAUGUUGGAACCUUUCAAUGACUACCGUAUCAACACAGAAUAGACUUUUCAUUCUACGGUGUGUUUCUAUAAGUCCUUUUUGAGGUCCUUGAGAGUGUUCAGGUAACUCUCCUGCCUUUGUACUUAAGACCUCCUACAAAGGCUGAUCAGACUGAAGUCAUGUGGUUACAAGGUACAUCAUCCUUUGGAUCUCUUUACCAAAGUUUCUUUCAUCUUUUCUUAAUCAUGGCAUUGUUUACUGGCGUUUACAAAUUCUACUUUCCAACAUGUAACCCCUGACUUCAGUCACCUCGAGUUUGUUACAUUUUUAUUUGCUUUUUGCCAUUACAUAUUUAGAUACAGGCACACAAUAUCCCUCUAGAGACAGAUAACAAGUUUUCAACAUCCAGAGUUUGAAUUGGAUUUCAGGAAGAUAGUCUGUGAAUGUGAAUAUUGUCAUAGAGGUAGACGCUGUACCAACAGAUACAAGCGCAUACUAUCCCUUUGAUGACAGAUAUAGUACCGAGUUUACUCGGUGAAAAGUGAGAAACAAUUAGAUUGUGAGUUGUACUGAAUCUUAUGAAUGCAACAAGUCUCGAAGGAAAUUGUGCUUCUGUCAUAGAAGCAGACGCUGUGAUUCCUCAUUAUUCCUUUUUAUAACCAUUUAUUUAGAUACAGGCACACAAUGUCCUUCUGACGGCAUUAGUCAUACCAAUAUUACUUGGUGAAAAAUGAGCAACAUUUAGCAUGUGACUUUUUAUAUAUGUAACACGAUAAGUCUUAGGGAAUGGUGACUUUGCAAUAGAAGUAGACGCUGUGCCAAUAGAUUUUGCUUAUUUCUUUGCUUUUUAAGUCAAUUUAUUCGGAUACAGGCACACAAUGUCCUUCAGAUGACAUUAGUCAUACCAAUAUCACUUGGUGAAAAUUGAAAAACAUUCAGAUUGAGACUUCUUACGAAACAAUGCCAGACAACAAGUCGAAAGAAAGGGUGACUUUGGCAUAGAAGUAGACGCUGUGCCAAUAGAUAUUGCAUAUUUUAAUGCUUUUUUUUAAAAUUUAUUUGGAUAAAGGCACACAAUGUCCUUCUGAUGAUAUUGGUCAUACCAAUAGUACUUGGUGAAAAGUGAAAAACAUUCAGAUUGAGAUUUCAUUGAAUUAUGAAAGACAGCAAGUCUUAAAGAAUUGUGACUUUGUCAUAGAAGUAGACGCUGUGCCAUGUGAUUUUGUUUAUGUUAUUACUUUCAUUACCAUUUUUUUAGAUAAGGGCACACAAUGUCCUUUUGAUGACAGAUAUCUUACCAAGUUUACUUGGUGAUAAGUGAUCAACAUUCAGAUUGUGAGUUUUCUGAAAUGUUUUGAAGGCAUUAAGUCUUAAGAAACUGUGAUUCUGUCAAAGAAGUAGACGCUGUGCCACUAGCUAUUGUCAAUGAUGUUGAUACGACUACCUCAUUUUGAGACCGAUACGUCUAUCAUAGAAAACAGGCUGUUAUUCCACCACAGCAGUCUAAUACAUGUGACACCAUCUACGUAUAGAUGUGUUGUAUCUAUAUCAUUGAGUUCCUUUUCGCAAGUAUAUUUUUGCUAUUUACCAUAGGGAACGGAAAGUGAAGGUUUGACCCCAGUCUAUACAGUUGAAAGUCUAACACAAAGUAAAAACUGUUACAUCUAAAUGGCAAAGGGAAAACAUAUACUCUGGUCUCAGAGUUAACAUUUGUAUGGAACACCACCUGGAACUCGCAUGAAUACUGUUCAUAUUGAAGAAAACUGUAUUGCUUUCCUUUGUCACAAGUAUGACUUUCAUCUGUACAUCAAUGACGUCAGCGAAUUUGUAAGAUCAUGUUAUAAUGAGAUGGUUGAUUGGAAUGUUAAAGAACUUGUGACAUGUUAAGAACUUGAGAUACAAAAAAUGUAUGCUGAUGAUAAAGCAAAGGACUUAUCAUUCAUUGUUACUUUUUCCGUGAUAGGGUUGAUGAAAUAAUGGCCUGAUUUGGAAAAACACACUGUGGAAAUGGUUACGAUCAUGUUAAGGAAAUCAACUCAAAUUAGUACAUUGUUGUGAAUUUCAUUCAAUCUUGUCCCGUCUCCAAUGAAAACAAAACUAUUAAUUCAAGUUUUUCUACACUAAAGCAGUUACGAACACUGCUAUAUCUGUUGUCUGUCAUUCGUUGAGACUGGCGAUUUUAAGGAAGCUAGAUACUUUGUUGUUGUUUUUUGCUUAUUCUAAUAAAGCUGUUGCAGUUUAA